CGGGGUCGCCCAACGGCCGCGGGGCGGGCGGCGCGCGGGGCGGCCGUUGGGCGGGCGGGCGGCCGUUGGGCGGGCGUCGCGCGGCCGCCCCGGCUGCCGGCCAUGUCGUCCGGGCCGCGCUGCCCGCUCUGCGCCCAGCCCUGCGCCUCGCCGCGGCUGCUGCCCUGCCUGCACUCGCUGUGCGCGCCCUGCCUGCGCCGGCUGGCCCGCCCGGCCGAGCCGGGCCUUGCCGCCCCGCCCCGCAGCGUCCUCUGCCCGCUGUGCGACGCCCGGGUGGCCCUGCCGCCCGGCGGCCUGGCCCAGCUCACCCCCGACUACCUGGCGCUGGGCCGCGGCGGCGGGGCGGGCUGCGACCUCUGCGCCGAGGGGGCGGCUACCGGGCGCUGCCUGACCUGCGGGGCCGGCCUCUGCCGCUUCUGCUGCCAGGCCCACAGGAGGCAGAAGAAGACGGCCUCUCAUGCUGUGAUGGAGCUGGAGAAUACCAAGGAUUCCAGCCAGGCCAGGAAGCCUCUCCUCUGCCCUUCCCACCCCACAGAGGAGCUAAGGCUGUUCUGUGAGCAGUGUGACCAGCCGGUGUGCCGGGACUGCGUUGUAGACAGGCACCGGCAGCACCGCUAUGACUUCACUGGCAAUGCCAUCCACAGGCAUGGGGAUGCCCUGCGGGAGCUGCUGAAAAGCACCCAGCAGCACAUGGGUACCCUAGAGGAUGUGCUGAGCCAGGUUGAUGACAUGGGCAGCGCCAUCCGCAGUCGCGCAGAGGCUGUGGCCACAGAGAUCUGUCAGUUUGCCAGUGGGUAUGUGAAAGCCGUUGAAGAGCACCGGCACCGGCUGCUGAAGCAGCUGGAGGACUUAAAGGUGCAGAAGGAAAACCUGCUGCACCUGCAGAAGGCCCAGCUGCAGCAGCUGCUGCUGGAUAUGAGGACAGGCGUGGAGUUCACGGAGCACUUGCUGACGAACGGCUCAGACCUGGAGAUCCUCAUCACCAAAGGGGUGGUGGUGAGCCGCCUGGCAAAGCUGAACAGCAUUGCUUACAACACUAACCCCAGUGUGGAUGACAGGAUCCAGUUCUGUCCUCAGGAGAGGGCAGGGCAGUGCUGUGGCUAUGAAGUUUUUGGGGCCAUUCUCAAUAAAGUGGUUGAUCCAGCCAGAUGUACCCUGCAUGGGGAAGAUCUCCACAGCGUCAGUCAGAACCAGCUGACUGGCUUUACCCUGCUCUUCAAUGACACCAUGGGGGAGCGGAUGGGGCAAGGAGGAGAGGCUGUGCAGGUCACCAUCACCCACAAAGACAAGAAAGACUGUUCAGUCAAGCCGACAGUGUGUGAUAAUGGUGAUGGGAGCUACCGUAUUUCCUACAGCCCUCAGGAGCCAGGCUUAUAUGCUGUCUGCGUCUAUGUGAAAGGGCAGCAUGUACAGGGCUCUCCAUUCACUGUGAUGGUGAAAAGAAACUUCCACGAGCACCAAGGCGUGUUUCACUGCUGCACGUUCUGCUCAAGUGGAGGGCAGAAAGCUGCUCGCUGUGCCUGUGGGGGGACCAUGCCAGGUGGGUACCAAGGCUGUGGCCAUGGACACAAAGGUCACCCUGGGUGCCCCCACUGGUCGUGUUGUGGACAAGUGAAGGAGAGCUCGGAGUGUUUGGCAGGGCCACCCUCUGACACCUCUCAGAGGAGUUUGCUCAGGACAGUGGUGCUCUGAGCAGCCAGGUGAGCCUCUGUCUGCCCAGGGCACUGCUGCUGACUGCUGCAUGAACACAAGCCACGAUGAUCCCUGCCAUUAUUGCAUGGCCUCAUUGCCAGAAAACAACAUUGUGAGAACUGUGAAAGAGGAAGGAGGGAGAAUAAAAUUGUGCCUUGUUUUCCA